UUUGGUCAAGAAUACAUGUUCCACUAAACCUGAUAAAUGGGUUCUGCCAUGGGGAAACAAUUUCUUCAAAUUUCUUCUUGCAAUCUUCUUUAUUCAGCUGAGCAUUAAUUUCUACCUGGGGAAUGAGGUGAUGAGCAUCAUUCAUCCGGAACAGCUAGAAACAAUGCGCCAACAGUGGAAGAUUGAGAUGGCAGCACACGAUCGGGAACGCAAGGUUUGGGACAUUGAGCGGAAGGCGUUUGAACUUGAACGAGAAGAAAUAGAACGAGCAAAGAAGGAGAUAGAGAGAGAGCUGGAGGAACAACGUCGCCGUGAAGAGCAGGAGAGGCUCGAGAGGGAAGAAAGAAUCCGUCUUGGAUUAUACUGGGAUGAAGUGCAAGGCAGUGACCACUGCUACGCAUCUGGGACACGCGAAUACACUGCCCGGCUUAUGAACCUCCCUUCUACGUAUGAUGGUCUAAAAGGUUGCCGGAGUACCCCCAUAACAAUCCACGAUGUAACUAUAGAUCAUCCGUAUAAGUGCGAAAACCGAGGAUUCUUCGAUGGAAUUUAUGGGCAUUUCCUGGUUAAAUCGGGAGAGAUAGCCUGCAGUCCUUAUUGGGGUGCAUUUAUAGACAAAGGGUGUACCGCUGAGGGUUCGCAUACACAGCGAAUUGAGUCGCGGCUGUUGAACAUUUCGCCAGGGGAAAACUGGAAGCAGAUGUGUUCCACCACCCCUGCAGACUUCCGCGGCCUUCAUUUUGAAGGUCCUCAAUAUUGUAAUGACAUUGGCAUAUGGGGAGUAUAUGGGGUUUGGGAGGUCGAAAAUUCAGCAUGCUAAGCUACAUCGCUCUGAGAUGAAGGAUUUUUCUCCUGCAUUGCUUUCUCGGGCAAAGAUAGGUAUACUUCGUGCCGACUGCGUUGUAUCCCCAAACCAUAUCUGGCUGUCGUGUCUGUUGUACUACCAUUUGUAUUCAUAGCUAUUCUGGUUCAUUGUUCUCCUCAUUGACAGGUAAGCAUUGACUCGGAUUGUAAACGUUUCAUUUUGUUAGAUACUGUUAUCUAUGCUAUGUGUUGAAGCUGUCGCAUCGUCAAUGUUAUUUGAC